AUGUCUACCCCAGACUCAUCAAAGCCCAAGCCCCAUCGGGUCCUCGCUUGCGUUCUCUGCCAACAGCGCAAAGUAAAAUGCGACCGCACGUUUCCCUGCUCAAACUGUGUCAAACAUGGAGUUCAAUGCGUCCCAGCUACUCAGCCUCGUCAAAGAAGACGACGAUUUCCUGAGCGUGAGCUGUUGGAUAGGUUGAGGAGGUAUGAGGAGUUGAUGAAGCAGAAUAAUGUCAAAUUUGAUCCUCUUCAUGAGGACAAUGGGACAGAGAAGAGUUCGCCGAACGAUUAUAACUCUGACAGGGAUGAGGAGGGGCCACAGGGGAGAGCUGAGGGUGUAGCUGAGGUCAAAAACAUUUGGCAUGCAAUGCGGCAAGGGUAUCGAGAUCCUAGCGACAGCUUCUUCGACACUUUCCGUAACGCCCACGAUCAAUCAUUCAGCAAUGAUGAACAUAUGCUUUUCGGCUCUCGACAAACAUCCGUUGAGCUAUACACUCUCCACCCAGAACCCGCUCAACUCUUCAGGCUCUGGCAGGUAUACCUCGACAACGUCAACCCUCUCCUCAAAGUCACGCAUACACCUACUUUGCAGGGUCGCAUUGUCGAAGCUGCGUCAAAUCUCAAAGAGAUUCCUUCGACUCUUGAAGCUCUCAUGUUUGGUAUCUACUGUAUGGCUAUACUAAGUCUUACCGCUGAGGAGUGUGAGACCAUAUUUAAACAGACCAAGGAGGAACUCUCGACAAGAUUUCAGUUUGCAUGUCAGCAGGCGUUGUUGAACAGCAACUUCCUCCGUACGGGUAGUCGAGAUUGCUUGACUGCAUUAUUUCUCUAUCUAGUGUCUGUCCGCUCAGCUAGCCACCCAAAGUCCAUCUCAAGCACGCUCGCCGUCGCAAUACGCAUCGCUCAACGAAUGGGUCUCCAAAGCGAAAACAUCAACGCUAGAAGCAGCGUUCUCGAAGCAGAAAUGCGCCGAAGACUUUGGUGGUCACUUGUCCUCUUCGACUCUCGAGUUAGCGCUUUGGGAGAUCAUAAGCCUACGAGUCUAGCCCCAGGAUGGGAUUGCGCUUUGCCCAUGAACGUCAGUGAUUCUGAACUUCGGGAGGAAACAAAAAGUCCGCCAAAGGUCCAAGAACAAGCUACUGAAGCUAUAUUUGCUGUCGUGAGAAGCGAGCUUGGAGAGUAUACUCGGAACAGUCCGUUUUAUAUCGCGUUCACGAAUCCGCUCAUGAAGCCGUUGGCUAAGAAGCUUCCUGAAGGUGGAGCUGAUGCUUUGGAGAAAAUGGUAGAGGAAAAGUAUCUCAAGUUCUGUGAUGCCGACAACCGUCUUCACUACAUGACUUUGUGGACGGCGAGGAGUAGUAUUGCAACAUGCCGCUUGAUGAACGACUUUCUGGUCUAUCUCGAAUCGUCAACUACGUACAACCAAGCCAACCAUGAAGCAGCAGUCUCCUACGCCAUCGAUUGGCUCGAAUGUGAUGCCAAACUAUCUAGUUCACCCUUGACGAAAGGCUUCCGGUGGUUUUUGCAACUCUACUUCCCUUUUCCAGCCUACAUAAGAAUUAUCCAGCACUUGAAAACUCAGCCUUUCAGCAGCGUUGCGGAAAAGGGAUGGAAAGUUAUGAAGGAUAACUAUCAAGCUCGGUAUGAGGGAGCAGAUGCCGAUAGAUGGCACCCCAUCUUCAAGCCAUUUGCGAAUAUUGUUCUAUUUGCUUGGGAUACAGUAAAGAAGGCUCAUGACCAAGCGGAAAGGGAGAUAGAGACACCAGAGUUGGUGGACUUUAUCAACAAAAAGACAGCGGAUAUGUCUUUGGAUGGAAACGAGACAACUGGAUCGCAAGCUCAGGGGAUUGCUGGGAUGGAAAUGGACGGUGUUCAGCUUCAGAUACCGUUUGGCUUUGGUGACCCGGGUGUGUUCUUUAACAUGGGUGCACAGCCUGGGUUUGAUCCCGUUACCUCGACACCAUAUAUGGCGGGUGGUGCGCCGUUGACAGUGGAUAUGAGUCAGCUCAACUGGGGUUCGAUGAAUUGGGGAGCGGCUGGGAUGGGUGAGAAUGGGAGUUGGUAG